AUGAGAAACUAUGAAACCUCAAGAACAAAACAGGUUGUCUUUGCCGAUUAUAAACCGGAAUCGUCACCGAGAUCAGAGACGAGCAAUGGAAUACUACACACUUCCAUAAUUGUUGGUAAAAUAGGUAUUCUUACUUCGGCUCGUAAAAGUUCUCUACGAUCAACAACCGAUUCUCCAACUAUUCAACUAAGACGAGCAUCGUUGAAGCCAAAUAGUACGAUUUCGAAUGUGAAGCGACAUAGUGUUACGCAGCCGAUCGUUGGUGAGCGACGCGAGAAAGCUAUCGCACCAAAAGAAGUGAACAAAUCAAUGGAACCUGAAGAGAAAGCAAAAGUAGUUCAACGGAAAAGUAUAUCAGGUGACCAGGAGUCUUUAAAUGGAACGAUCAUCUCAGAAGUCGGAACACUUGACAAAAUCGAUCAACUCAUUAGAAAAGCUGAAAACGAAGAUGUCAAAGAAAAUCAAGAAACAUUAAAUCUGCUAACUAAAAUAAAACAAAGUGCUAGUGCUGCAUCAAUAGGUCCUGUUCCGUUAUCCCAACAAGCUUGUCGUUUUGAAUUACCGUUUGAUCUACGAACGCUUGAAAACUUAACGCCACUCGACUAUUUGACAAAGUACUGUCGCCUGUCAUCACGUCGACAGUAUCAAUUUAAGCGUUUAUUUCAAAAGUACCGAAAUCGACGACAUCUCUUCGAAUCGUCAGAUCUCUUCUUGUCGAUGAGCGACAUUCACAAAGAAAGUUUUACACGUGCGAAAUAUACGGAACUUUGCCGAUUGCUCGAUCUAAAAACUCAAGAAUAUGAAUUCACCUUCGAAACUUAUGCCGGAAUUUUAGCAUUCUGUGAACGAAUGCUGUACAAUACAUCACCACACCAUAGGAUUUACGAUGAUGAGCAGUUAACCAAACAAACCAUCGAAAAAUGCGAUUUCGACUGUUUAGAUCGGAAACUAGAUGGACUGAAUAUCAAUGAACCCAUGAAACGAUUGUUAAAUGCACUUUAA